CAUAUUUUCAGUGAGUUGACAUGCACGGUUGGGUUCGAAACUAUCCAUCAGUUGCCAAUCAGUUUUGUCAUAAAUUAAAGCAAAAUGACUUCAUUAAGUAAAACUGGAUCAAUUCUUUGUCUUGCAACUUUUGUGAUAGUUUUUGCGCUAACCAUUGAGAAAUCCUCUGGAGUGGAAGAUGUGGAAAAAUUACAACUGUACGACUGCAAGAAGGUGAUGGGCAGGAUUGCGAAAAAGACCAUAAAACUGUUUGGUCAAUGCACAAAAGAAGUAAAAGCAAACAGUACCAAGGAAGAGUUUGAAAAGAAAAUGAGUUGUAUCAUCAAGUGUGCCCUGGAUAAGAUGCAUUUGCUGACUGAUGAGGGCAUUGUCACAAAGGAAACUGUUCAAGGUUUCAUGGAUGAGAUGAUCCCAGAGGAUGCACAUGAAAUUGGACACGUCUUAGUUGAAGACUGCCUUUCAGAUCACGGGUCCAAGCUGGAUAAAGAUCAGCCAUACUGCGAAAGUUAUGGAGAAUUUACGCAGUGCAUGCAGAAUACAAUUGGAGACUUUGCUGAAAAAGCUAAUUGCAAUAUUGGAGCUCUUGGUUAAAUUUAAUGACGUCUACUGGAACUUUACAUCUUUUUUCUAUUCAGUAAAAUCUAUAAAAAUAGGACGGAUAUUCCAAUCGUUAUUGGUUGAUGGGACAUGUAGAAGCCAACCAACUUCCUGUGCUAACUAGUAGCUGUAAAAUUAAACCAUGUGAUCUUUUACUGUUUACUGAGUCAAAACUUUAUUUUAUACAUUUCGUUUUAUCUCUUGUCGUUAUGAAUUUUAUUAAAUAGUGACAACUUCUUUAAUAAAGUAAGACUUCA